AGCUGGGACCUACGUUAUUUUGAAAGUCCAAAAUGCUUCAGAUUGUAAAAUAAUGUAGCCUAGUGUUUAUUGUGAUAAAAUAUCUCAAAUCCCACUUUUUGAACAAAUGUGCAAGACUUGGGCCUAGUUUGCGGGUGUGCUUUUGAAGCCAGGCUCUUUCUUGUACUGUCUGGCCUCUGUUCGGGUGAUCCAAGUAGCCUACAUACGUCACGAAAACUAUUGUAAAUCAUAUGAAAUGUAUAUGAAAUGUAUACGACCAUACGAUUGGGCAUCUCUACCAAGUAGGCGGGACAAAUUACCAGAGGCCGUAACGAGUGGAUGCCUCUAGGUUGAUUAACAUAAUAAAUGCUCUCUGCCACUGAAACUAGCACACCGGCUGGCACGCUGUCUGAGCCGGUUUUAUAAAUAACAUCAACCUAUUUUUGAGACAGGCGUCUGUCUCCGGCGAUUUUGUUGCCUGACAGCGGGGAAAGAUGCCUUACCAUUAAGGUUUACCUUCAUUUUGUUGGUCAUUGAUAGGAAUAGAUAGCUUUGCGUUAGAUAGUCCUAAGGUUUAUUAUGUUGGUGAAUUAGGCUUAAUUUAACUUAGCCUACUUUACGGAGAACCUGCAUUAAAAGUAGGCUAGUGUAACUUUUAGCAUAAGCAGCUAUGUGGGCAUUCCUUGGCCUUUUUAGUUUCACUUAUGUUUACAAGAAAUUUGACGCUAUACUAUCUUUGACGCACAGAGAUAUUGUUUUUGGUUUAUGUGUUUUCUUUGCGACCGUGCUUGUACUUUUGUUAGUUGCUUACCACUAUGGACAAAUUCAAAAAAUUCCCUCGCUUUUUCGCACGGUGGUGGACAUUGUGUCCUCUUUGCCACUUGCUCAUAUCGUCUUCUCCAAGACUCCAAUUCCAGAAGAAUGUUGUCGUGGAGAAGAUUCAUGUGUUAAGGUACGCAGCUGUAGAAGCGCAGCGUGUGAGGCAGAGAACACUUGUGCAGCGACUGUGCCUCCUCCAGACCCCGAUGUCAUUAUCGUCGGGGCCGGAGUCCUGGGGUCCGCCAUGGCAGCGGUUUUAGGUCGUGAUGGUCGUCGGGUCACGGUAAUUGAACGGGAUCUCCGAGAACCUGAUAGAAUAGUGGGAGAGUUAUUGCAACCAGGAGGGUAUCGUGCACUGAAAGAGCUUGGCCUAGAAGGUUCGGUUGAAGGACUGGAUGCUCACAUAGUGGAUGGCUAUGUCCUGCAUGACGCAGAGAGUGGGACAGCUAUUGUGAUCCCAUACCCUCAAGAGAGGAGUGAGGUUCAGUGUGGCCGAGCCUUCCAUCACGGCCGUUUCAUCAUGGGCCUUCGUUGUGCAGCACUAGCUGAGCCCAAUGUUCAUUUCAUAGAGGGCACAGUGACCAGCCUGGAGGAGGAAAAUGGCCGUGUGACUGGGAUCCAGUACAGGGAUAAAGAGUCUGGAAACACACAAGCAGUCUAUGCUCCUUUGACUGUGGUGGCUGAUGGCUGUUUUUCAAAGUUCAGGAAAGGUCUCGGUUCUGGGAAAGUACAUACCUCCUCUCAUUUUGUAGGCUGCAUCAUGAAGGACUCCCCCCAAUUCAGACCCAACCAUGCUGAGGUGGUGCUGGCCGACCCCAGCCCUAUCCUCAUCUACCAGAUCUCCUCCACAGAGACCCGCGUGCUGGUGGACAUCCGUGGGGACCUGCCCAGGAACCUGAAUGGGUACAUGACCGACAGGAUUUACCCUCAGAUGCCAGAACACAUCAAGGAGUCUUUUUUAGAGGCUGUGCAGAAUAACCGCCUGAGAUCCAUGCCUGCGAAUUUCCUCCCUGCCUUUCCAGUGAACAAAUGUGGGGUGUUAGUGUUGGGCGAUGCCUACAACAUGAGGCACCCACUGACAGGAAGCGGGAUGAGUGUUGCGCUCAAUGACCUGAGGAUAUGGAGAGGUCUCCUCAGAGACAUCCCCGACCUGCACGAUAACAUUGCCUUGAUACAGGCGAAGAAGAAAUUCCACUGGGAAAGAAAGGCGUCACACUCAUUUGUAGUGAAUAUUCUUGCCGAGGCACUCUAUGAGCUCUUUGCUGCGACUGACAGCUCAUUACAUCAACUUAGACAAGCUUGCCUCCAUUAUUUCCAACUGGGAGGGGAAUGCAUAUCUGGGCCUGUUGGACUGCUGUCGGUGCUAACGCCCCAUCCCAGGACCCUGAUUGGCCAUUUCCUUGGAGUGGCGGUGUAUGCCAUGUACUUUAGCUUCAAGAGUGAGCCAUGGUGGACGAAGCCGCGUGCUCUUCUGAGUAGUGUGGCCAUCCUGUACCGUGCCUGUGCCGUCAUGGUCCCCCUCAUCUUCUCCGAGUUUAAGUACCUUAUAUAUUAAACCAACGCCCUGACUAUGUAUGUGCUGUCCUCUACAAUGACAUCAUUUCACCCAGCCUAACCCCUCAUGAACGGUGCUCAGGAAAUGUACACUUUUGUGUUCCGAUUUAUUAAGGGUAUUUAUACAUCAAACAUCAAUUCCGACCUCAUAGUUAUGGAAUACCUGCACUGGAAAAGUUCAGGUUCACAUAGUUCUUUGUAUUUUAUUCCAUCAGAUUGUGUUCUUCUGUGUGAUAUGUACCCCCAAGGAACUCAGUACAUAAAUUAUCUUCCUGAAAGAUAAACCUUUAGAAGGUGUAUACUUACUAAUUUAGGAUUACAGGAAUGUAUCCAUAUACCGGUAUAUCCAUAUGCACAUUCAGGUAUAGAGUGGAUAUGCAGUAGAUACAAUACAGAAGAUGUUUUGUAAUAAGAAGUUACUGUUGAAAUACUGUUGUGCAAGGCUACCAGUAGUACUACUGUGGUAUUGCACUGGGGGUGUAGAUGCUCACACUAAUAACUGCAGACAUACUGUACAGUAGUCAUAUGUAGACUAGUAUAAGUCAGUGGCAUUAGAAAUAUUUUAAUACAGGCAGGUUAUUUCUCUCAACUUACCAUUUUUAUGUAUUUAUUUGACAUUUACAAAACUUAACUUAUGUGCGGAAUGAAGUAUGCCUUUUAAGAGACAUUAAAAGGCAUGACUGACUGACAUUAUUAUUGCACAUACAUUCAGGUCAGGCUGUUGAAUGGAAUCAUUCAGAUUCAGUGGUAAUUCACUUCUCCAUUAGUGUUGUUUACUACGUAUGGCUGAAAUAUUUACAGUAGAACCGUCUUUGUGUCCAUAUCAUUUAUCUUAUAACAGGUUCAUGUGGUCAUUUACAGUACAUUACAUUCCAUUUCCACUGUAUGU